AUGGACGACAGACCUCACAAACCACACAGAGCCUCUCAGUCAGGCAACAAGGCUGAGAAGAAGAACAAGGCAAAGGGAAAGGAGAAACAACAUGGGUUCAAUGAAAAGGCCUUUGCACCAAAAUCAGGUCGGAGAGCAGACAGACAAGGUCGUCGUACAGCCGAGAAGGACCAAACCAGGCUACACGUUCCCCUAGUGAACAGAACACCAGAUGAGGACCCUCCACCCGUCAUUGUCGCCAUCGUCGGUCCACCAGGAGUCGGCAAAACAACCCUGCUCAAGAGUCUAGUCCGGCGGUACACCAAACAGACUCUGACUGAAGCAAAGGGACCCAUCACCGUCGUCUCCGGCAAAAAGAGGCGACUUACCUUUAUCGAAUGCAACAACGACCUCAACAGCAUGAUCGACAUUGGCAAAAUCGCAGACCUCGUGCUCCUCAUGAUAGACGGUUCAUUCGGUUUCGAAAUGGAAACCUUCGAAUUCCUCAACAUCCUCCAAAGCCACGGCUUCCCAAAAGUAAUCGGCAUCCUCACCCACCUCGACCUAAUCAAAAAAGCCGCCACACUCAAAUCCACAAAAAAAGAACUCAAAAAACGGUUCUGGACAGAAAUCUACCAAGGCGCUAAACUCUUCUACCUCUCAGGCGUCAUCAAUGGCCGAUACCCAGAUACAGAAAUCAUGAACCUCUCCCGUUUUAUCUCUGUGAUGAAAUUCCGGCCUCUCGUUUUCAGAAACUCCCAUCCGUAUAUGCUGGCUGACCGCUUGGAGGAUCUGACACCCCGAGAACAAGUCCGGACGAGUAAAGGCAAAUGCGAUAGGACGGUUACGGUGUACGGAUACCUCCGCGGGACGAACCUGCGCAUGGGGAGUAAAGUCCACAUCCCUGGUGUCGGCGAUCUGGAGAUGAAGAACGUGACGGUGUUGGGAGACCCUUGUCCUCUCCCAACAGAGGAGAGUGAAAAGAGGAGAAAGCUGAGCGAGAAGAAGAAGCUGUUGAUCCAUGCACCUAUGAGCGACGUGGGUGGGGUCAUGUACGACAAAGAUGCAGUAUGGAUCAACGUCCCCGGUAGUUUCACGAGGGGGAAUGCGGAUGUACCCCAAGGCGAAGGAGAGCAAAUGGUAAUGGACCUCCAAGACGUAAACGCAACACUCGAAGACGCAGUUGCACGUAGCCAAAUCAAACUCUUCAGCACCUCCUCCGCACCUCUCAGCGUCGAUCCCUCCCACUCCGCCUCUCAAGCCGCCUCUGACGAUGAGGUCCCCUCCGACGAAGAAUUCGACAGCGAUGCAGAAGAUGAAGAAGAGUUCGAUGAUUCCGGUCUCAGCGACGACGAAGACGAAGACGCAAUGGACGAGGACCUCGACAUCUCCCAAGACCCACGCAACACAGGCCGAACGACACGCAGGACAUCCGCGCGUGGCCUGCCCAGCUCAAGCAAACAACGCUCACACGUUGACUACGCAGACAGCGACUCUGACCUCGGCCUCGAUGACGACGAGGACAAUGAUGUAGGUAGAGUCAAGGUCCCAGGCGAAGCCAAGGACCACGACAUCCCCAGCGACGAGGACGUCGAGAUGUCCGAGGACGAAGGCGACGAAGAGGAAGACGAGGAUGAUGUCCCCAAGUGGAAACGCAACCUUGCCGAAAAAGCUCAACAACUCGCCUCCUCAUCACGCAAAGCCCGUCGGAAAGACUGGACAAAGCUGAUCUACACCACGACCCUGACACCAGAGGAGAUCAUUGCCGGGGAGGAACCCCAGGAGGAAGAGGAGCCUGACAUCGAAGAUGACGACGAGGACGAUUUCUUCAAGGUCAAGAGUCGGCCUAAAGAGGUGGAUGAUAUCGCGGAUAGGACGAAACUGGGUAUCGACCCCGAAGAGUUGAAGAAAUGGGAGGACGAGGAGAUGUUGGACUCGUUACGGAAAAUGUUCAUCACCGGAUCCGACGAGGCAGAGGGCGAACAAGGUGAAGACGGCAGCAACGCCGAAGACGAGGACGAGGACGACGACUCCGAAGGUGACUCUUCCGACGGCGACUCGGAAGGCUCAGACACCGAGGGCACCCCCAAACGCAAAAAGAAACUCAGCCCAGAAGAAGCCCGCGCAGCCUCCCUCGCCGCCAAAAAAGAAGCCCUCAAACGCAAAUUCGACGAACAAUACGACGACCCCGAAUCCGCCAAACUCGAUUUCUACGACGAAAAGAAAGAGGAAAUCGCCCGACAACUCGCGCUCAACAAGGCCGAAUUCGAAGGGAUCGACCCAGAAGCUCGCGUCCUCGUCGAGGGGUACCGUCCCGGCUCCUACGUGCGCAUCGAACUAAAAGACGUCCCCGCCGAAAUGGUGGAAAACUUUGACCCAACAUACCCAAUCGUCGUCGGGGGUCUGCUCCCCGCCGAAGAGCGCUUCGGGUACGUCCAAGUCCGAAUCAAACGCCACAGGUGGUACGCCCGCACACUCAAGAACAACGACCCCCUCAUCUUCUCCCUGGGCUGGCGGCGCUUCCAAACGAUCCCCAUCUACUCCUUGGACGACCACUCCAUCCGCAUGCGCAUGCUCAAAUACACACCCGAGCACAUGCACUGCUACGCCACCUUCUACGGGCCCGUCACACUCCCCAACACCGGUUUCUGCGCUUUCAACUCUUUGUCUGAGGGGACAGCUGGGUUCAGAGUCUCCGCUACGGGCGUCGUUCUGGACAUCGACCGCUCAGUCAAGAUCGUGAAGAAACUCAAGUUGACGGGCGUGCCGUAUAAGAUAUUUAAGAAUACGGCGUUUGUGAAGGAUAUGUUCUCGAGUGCGUUGGAGGUGGCCAAGUUUGAGGGGGCGAAUAUCAAGACUGUGUCUGGGAUCCGGGGACAGGUUAAGAAAGCCCUGCCAAAACCUGAUGGAGCAUUCCGAGCAACAUUCGAGGACAAAGUCUUGAAGAGCGACAUCAUAUUCCUACGCGCAUGGUACUCCGUCCAACCCCGGAAAUUCUACAACCCCGUCACCUCCCUCCUCCUCUCCGAUAAGACCAGCUGGAAAGGCAUGCGCCUAACCGGGCAAGUACGACGCGAACAAGGCCUCAAAACACCGCUCAACAUGAACUCGACCUACAAAAAGAUCGAGCGCCCCGAACGGCGGUUCAACCCACUCGUAAUUCCCAAGAAACUCCAAGCGGCCCUGCCCUACGCCUCGAAGCCUAAACUCAUGAAACCGCAGUCCAACCAAACGUAUAUGCAGAAGCGGGCAGUGGUGAUGGAGCCCGAGGAGAAGAAGGCCGUUGCGCUCCUGCAGCAGAUCCGGGCGCUGAGGAAGGACCAGGUGGCGAGGCGGAGGGAGAAGAAGGAGGAGAAGAAGGAGGAGAAGAGGAGGAAGGAGAGGAAGGAGGAGGAGAGGAAGGCUGAGAAGGAGAAGGAGAGGAAGAAGGAGGUUAUGAGGAUUAUUGGGCAGAAGAGUCGGAGAGAGGAGGCUGGGGAUGAUGGGAGGCGGAGCAAGAGGCGAAAGUCGUAG